CAAGGCGUCGUUCUGCAAGCAAGCGACCUCGAUUGCGCGCACGCCAGCACCACCAUCUCCGUCCAGGUGUCUCAGAGAUCCAUUCCGUUCCCUUUGGACCCGCAUCCAGCUGAAGGACAGAACCAUGGCCAAGCGAUCUGCUGCACUGCCGUUGUUCGGCGGCGAAAAGAAAUGGGAAGCUGGUGAUUGGACUGCAUCUGACGAUCGCGUUCGCGGCGGAAAGUCACAAUCAUACCUCGAAAUCUCGGGCGGUAUCGGCCGCUUCUAUGGGAACCUUGACAUCCAGACCUUGGGCGGCGCGGGCUUUGCGAGCCAACGUACCACUGGCGAGGAUUGCAGUUGGGACUUGUCCAAAUAUGCCGGCAUUCAGAUUGCCGUAGCCAAAGGCGACAAGAAGCGAUACACGCUCACUCUGAAGGAUGAGCUUCUACCCACAAAUGAGACCAACGGUCGCGAGCAAGCCUCCAUCUCCUACGAGUGUGACUUCGAGCUUCCUCCGCAAACGAUCCCUGGCGACGCAACCGAUCGUGUCGUCUUCAUCCCGUGGUCGAGCCUGAAUGCGACAUACCGAGGUCGGCUCCAACCAGACGCGAAGCCCAUCGACUUGGAACAUGUCAAGCGCUUCAGCCUGAUGAUGAGAAGCUUCUUCGGCACUCAGGAAGGCGACUUCUCGUUAUCGAUCCGCUCCAUCUCAGCGUUGGCCGAAGUCCCGGAUCAGACAUACGCCGUGGCUGCCAGAGACUCGAACGGCCUGGAGAAAGGUCUACCUGCGGCCACAGCUCGCGCUCAGCCAUGGGACAAGCUCCCGGUCGUUCUGGUAGCAUCCUUGUGCUUAUUCGCUGUAUAUUACUUCACGGGCCGCCACUCUUGUCGACUGGGGCCGUCCAACGUGGUAUGAGACUGGACGCGUUGAGCACGGCUUCGAUCAAGAUUACAGCAGUUAUGAGGAG